AUGCCAGUGCAGCAAAUAAACGUGAAGAAUUCGUCUGAUAUAGAGAGUUGGGAAUGGGGCGGAGGAUGUGGAAGAGAGGCGGUGCGCGCAGGCUCGGGCAGCAGCCGCACGUCCUGCAGCAACUCCAGCGGCGACAUCUGCCGCAUCUGCCACUGCGAGAGCGAGGUCCACAACCCGCUCUUAGCUCCUUGCUACUGCUCAGGAAGCCUGAAAUAUGUGCACCAGAGUUGCCUGCAACAAUGGUUGACCGCAUCGGAGACGAGAUCGUGUGAACUCUGCAAAUUCAAUUUCAUCAUGCACACAAAAAUAAAACCGUUCAAUGAGUGGCGUCUCCUGGAGAUGUCAGGCGUAGAGCGACGACGACUAUGCUGCGCUGUUCUUUUCCACUGCGUGGCCGCCCUCUGCGUCAUGUGGUCUCUUUUCGUGCUCAUAGAGCGCGCCGUUGAAGAAGUCAACCGAGGCCUUAUCGCGUGGCCGUUUUGGACAAAACUGGUGGUAGUUGCAGUGGGGUUCACGGGCGGCGCGGUCUUUAUGUACAUACAAUGUCGGCAGUAUCUGCAUCUUUGCAAUCGCUGGCGGGCUCAUAAUAGAAUAUUACUAAUUCAAAAUGCGCCUGAGAAGGUGCCAAUGGGUGGCGGGUCGCCCCCCGUACGUCACAAACGACGCGAGCGCAGUGCGCGUGGACAGGUAGUAGCGAAUAUUGAGCCGCCGCCGCCGCCCGCGGCAUUUCACGAAGAGGACGAGAGUGGUGGGUUCGAGACGUACCGCGGGAACCCCAACCGGCGGCUUUCCGCACUAGCUGACGAUCGGCUGCGGCCAGAGCCGCAUGAGGACACGAGGCGUUUCUCGGACACGCGGUUAGCCCAGCCCGUCAGCGUCUCUAUUGAGGACACUGCCACUGCGCCUGCACGACCCGAAGCCACUUUUGUCGGAGGGGUGUACCAUAUCAGCGUGGACCCCCUGGAGGCGGACAUCCGGUCUCUGCUCGCUUUGGAGGCUCGUCGCGAGGCGCGCGCGGCUCGGUCGCUGCCGAACCUGCGCGCCAGCCGCGAGAGCCUCCUCCCACUGCCCCCCGCCGCCGAGGCCGCCCCGCGCGCUUCCUGAGACCCGCCCCCGCCCCCCACGCUAGCGCCGCGCCUGCUGCUCUACCCCGACGACACCGUCUAUUAGCGAUGGCCCCCCGCCCUCGUCCGGCCUUCAUCCCCUCGAAGCGAUCUGGAGAUGUCCACUGUCUUUUGAUUGUCUAGUCUAAACGUCGUCGAUGCGAAGUUAGUUUGCAAAUUUUACCGUUUAGAGCGUCGCAUAGACGCAGCGGCAUUAUAAAAAAAAAAAAAAACUAAACCGAAAAUAAAACUGGCCAUAUAAUUGGACUACUGGACAUCCUUCAUGUCGUUUCUUUGUGAUGCAGUUGAAUAAAUAAAUAAAAAACUGUUGACGGUGGGCGGUACAUUUGAUGGAAAAAAGGUCGUAUGUUUUGAAUAACAAAAAAUCGUUUUAUUUAGUAGCUCGUCGCUAUGAACUAGUGCGCUCGCACUUUCACCAAUGGUGACACUUCUAUUCCUCGGGGUGACUUGGUACCCGUCGUAUAUAAAUUUACAUACUCUAGUGUAACAUAGAUAAUAAUAAAUGUCACAUAAUUAUGGUAGUCUUAAACGGGACUGACAUAUAUUAUACAACGUGAAAUUGAAUUCACCAAUGCAAAUUUAAGGGUACAUACAAUCAGCCCUUGUUGUUUUUUUUAUUUCAUUGUGAAACCCCUAUACUAAAACUUAUACAUGUAUAUUAACGGUAUGUCUUGAAUUUUCUCUGAUGAUUUAAAUUUCACCGUGUAUUCGGUUAAUUAUGGCCUUAUAUUGUUAAACAAAAGUUUUGAAACUGCCAAAUACAAUUGUAAUCCAUUUUCAUUGUCAUGUAUAUUGUAAAUUCGUUCCCUAUAACACUAAUGAAAAUAAGUUUAAAUUUUGACGAAACUGAUCUUGUAAAUAGAUCACCAAAGUAGAACAUAUAUUUUGCAUCGAACUUGUAAAUGACAAUUUUCACUUAAAAUUGUAAGUUACGUUGUCGUAGGGGACGAAUAGUUCAUUUCUCUCUCUUGAAAUUCCAUCGCCCCGUGGAAUUGAUAAACCAUGUUCUAACGAUUAUGAUGAUACUCGAUGUGCUGUGCAUUGUGCGAUCAAGUCUUUGUAUAUAGUAGUAUGGAAUGUGUAAAUAGUAAACAUGAAAUUGUAAUGGUAAUGACUGCUGGGGUCGGAAUGACCGUAAUGUCGUAUCUCUCGUCCGUUACGUUGCUCAAAGUAGAGCUGGAAGAACGGGAGAAGAUUGUCCAUCGAACCUUAUUGUAUAGUGCUCUGUAACUUCAAACAUUAUUCAUUUACUUUGAACAGUAUAAUAAUACAAAUUUCUAUUAUAUUAUGGGGCAAUUUUCUUUAUUGCUUUAUACUCGUGAAAACGAUUUGUUUCCUACAAGUGUAGCGGAAAAAAACUUAAAUUAUGUUUUGAAGUAAACCAAUUAUUUAUAUUGAAUAUGAAUCGCACUAUAUAUAAACUUAAUUUUUUUUAUGGAUUUGUUACUUAUAUACUUAGGCGC